AUGACGACGACGAUCGCGAGCUCGACGCGCGCGAUCGCGCGCGUCCUCCUCGUCGCGACGUGCUUCGUCGCGCUCGCGACGACAGACGCGGCGGCGGCGCCGACGCCGACGCCGACGCCGAGGACGUGCGUCUCGCACGACGGCCUCCCCGAGUUCGCGAUCGCGGGCAAGCCCCCGGCGAAGAACCGCGGCCUGACGUUCUGCGCGGACUACGGCAAGAGCACGUGCUGCGACAAGGGCACGACGGACGCGAUUCGAAGGGUCGUCGCGCACAUGCAAGCGAACUCGUUCUCGCCGCGGUGCCGCGACGCGUGGACGUCGCUCGAGUGCAGCGUGUGCGAUCCGCGAGCGGGGACGACGCCGCGAACCGCCGUGUGCGCGCACGCGUGCGACGCCAUCUACCGCGCGUGCAAGGACGAGUACUUCUCCGAGGAUUCGCUGCGGCGCCUCGUGCCGUGCCGCGCGUCGGACACGAUCUGCACGAAGCUCAGCGACUGGGGCGGCGACGGCGGCGGCGGCGACGGCGAGGACGACGGGACGGGGACGAAUGGGGACGAAUGGGGCGGCGAGGCGAUGUGUCGAGCCGCGGGGUACGACCCCGUGCGCGCGGGCGUCGUGCGCGCGCAGCCGGGGGGGUGGUGCUUCGAGCCCCCGGCCCCGGAUGCGCACAGAUCGGGGCCGGGGUCGGGGUCGGGGUCGUCCAAGAGCGACGGCGGCGGCGGGGCGUCGGGAUCCAAGAAGGCGGGGAAAGGCGCGAAGAAGCGCGGCGGGAAAGCGGCGGACGCGGAGGACUACGCCGCGGGAACCCCCGCGUGGAUGACGAAGGCGUACGUGUUGAUCGCGGUCGCCGCCGCGUUGUACGUCGGGUUGAGAGCGGCGAGGCGCGGGGGGAGCGCGGGGGCGUCGCUGCGCGCGAGGCAUAACGCGCGGAUGGCGGCUGAGAGCAGAGCGGGACGCGCGCGCAACGUCGACAAGUAUUUGUGACGUUUUUUCGAUCUCAUCACUCUCUCGCUCU